AUGUAUCGUGCCCUUUUAUUAAUAUUAUUUAUACAUAUAGAAGUCAAAUCUCAAUUUAACCUAUACAAAAUCGAUCGAACUAUUCGUUCAGGUACUUUAGAAUUCGACUGUUUACAUUUACAUACAGCCAGCACGGAGAUAUACACAUUUGUUCCAUACUGCAUUCGUCCACGUCAUGAAAAUGACUUAAUACAUUCUUCUCUCGUUAAUACGCAUCAGAAGAACUUUACAUUUCAUGAUCUACUCCGUUUGAAUGUGACCACUGAACAGCUUUUGUCAUGGUCAGCUUCAAUUGAUCUUGUUGAACGAUAUCAAUCGUAUGUUGAAGGACCGAACAGCUUAUCGACAUCAAAUGAGAUAUUUUUCAAUUGUACAGUGCCGUGGUUCGGACCUCGAUGCCAGUAUUUAUUCGAUGUAGAAGACGUAUCUACUGUUCUGGAUGUUGUUUUUGUUACACUCGAAGCAAAGGAAGACACUUUAUAUCCCAAUCAUAUGACUAAUCUGACAUGCUAUGUCCAUCUAGAAUGUAACCGUGGUGGUGCGUUCAUAUGUCUCGAUUGGCGUGAAAUAUGUGAUGGUCGGAUGGACUGCCUCAAUGACGGAGUUGACGAGAUGCAUUGUUUGGAGUUGGAAAUGAAUGAAUGUCAAGAAGAUGAGUAUCGUUGUCAAAAUGGACAAUGCAUUUCGAUAGAAUUUUGGAAAGAUGGAGCGUUUGUAUUGGAAUGUCUUGACGGUUCGGAUGAGCCCGAGCUAUCUCCAAUAACUCUAGAGACUUGUUACAUCAGAACGGGAUUUAUUUGCGAAGAACAUUCGUGUCAACAAGGAGACUUGCCAUUUGUAUGUGGAGAUGGCGAGUGUAGGCCAAACUUUUAUCCAUGUGCUAGUGGUCGAGAUUAUUUGCUGUUCGAAUCGAUGAAAGCUUUAGGAGAUUUGUCCUACGAAUGUUGGACAAUAAUGGCUUGCUCGACAAGAGUCAUAGACACGAUAGAAAACUUAUCAUGUGACGAGUUUUUCAGUAUCACCAAUGAUAUUACGACUUACAUCGACCAGUGUCAAAAUCUCACUCAAUUUCCCGCAAUGCCAGUUCUGUUCUCACAUGUUCGCUUUUUCUAUUUCAAAAUAUACGAUCGUGAUUGGGAUUUCGACAAGAUUUUGCUGCCCGAUCUGAUUUGUUACGAUGAACAUUUGUGUGAGUUCCUUGUACCGAGUUUUCGAGAUGAAAACGUCACAUGUCGAUACCGCGAUGAAAUGGGCUUGAACUCGAAUACGACUUACGUUUCUUGGAGUGUAAUCAUUGAAAAAAUUGCGCCAUACUUUGUCGGCUGUUCUUCUUCGUAUCGCACCACAACUGAUUUUCAAAAUAGCUCACUGUAUUGCUGUAAAAAUUCGUCCAAAUGCAUCUCGAAGCAUCGUAUCAUGGAUGGCGUUAGAGAUUGUUUCAUGAAUGACGAUGAAGAAGCAUAUGAACUAAGUUGUUUGUUGAAUCAAACACUUCGAUUUCGGUGUCCGAACAAAAACUUCUCGUUACUCCAACCAUCUUCUCUGUUAUCUAACAUAUCAACUUCGAUCAGUCCAGCACAGCAGUGUCUACCAGUCGGUGACUUAUUGAACUCAACAAUGAGAAGCUUUCCGGCUAUUCGCCGAGUUAAAUACUAUCAUACACUAUGUCAAAUGAAAUUCGACCUGUUGUGCUUUCACGAUGAACUCUAUAUGUGUCUAUGUGCUCUCGACCACUAUGCCAAUUGUUUCAACAUUCGACAUAAUGCAAAUCUGACAUGUCGCCAUGAUCUUUACUGUCAGAAUAACGCAUUAUGUCUCAAAGAUGAUCCAACUUGUCAUUCGAAUACAGUGUGUAUAUGUACUGAUUGCUUUUUCGGUGAUCGAUGUCAGUUCUAUGCUAAAGGUAUCGGAUUAAUACUUGAUGAUAUCUUACGUUAUGAAAUACGACCAAAUGUAACAUUGAUCAAUCAACCGCUAUCGGUUACAAUCAAUGCAGGACUAACCAUCAUCAUGUUGAUUGUAGGUUUAUUCAACAGUAUCGUCUGUUUCUUCACAUUUCAAACCGAGAAAUCUCGGCAAGUCGGUUGUGGAAUAUAUCUCGUAACUUCAUCGGCUACAUCAUUCAUUACCAUGAUCAUGAUGACAUUGAAAACUUCGCUUCUCAUUUUCACGCAAACCAAUAGAUCGGCUAAUAUCAAUGUUCUUCGAUGGGAGUGUGUAUACAUUGAAGUUCUACUCAAACUCUUUGUGUAUAUGGACAAUUGGUUAUACAGUUGUGUGGCUAUCGAACGAGCCUAUUCGGUAUUCAAAGGAGCUACAUUUGAUAAAAUGAAAAGUAAAUACAUCGCUCGAUGGAUUAUUCUCGCUCUGCCAUUUGUGAUUAUCGGUAGUGGUGUUCACGAACUUCUAGGUCGUGAUUUAUUUAAUGAUGAAGAAGAAAAUCGAAUGUGGUGUGUUACACGUUACUCAAAUUCGAUUCAGUUUUAUAAUACAUUUAUUCUAUUUUUUCAUUUUUUGUUACCUUUCUGUAGCAAUCUAUUUUCUGCUUUAUUCAUUAUUAUCAUGGUCGCUCGUCGUCGUACAACAGGUCAACAUAAACAGAAGAAUUAUAAAGUACAUCUCUCUGAACAACUAAACGAGCAUAAACAUCUCCUGAUCAGUUGUGGUAUUUUAGUUCUCUUGGCACUACCUCGUAUACUUAUUUCAUUGUUAUCGGGUUGUGUUAAAUCAUCCUAUAAUCCCUGGUUGUAUUUGACCGGAUAUUUUAUUUCAUUCGUACCNAUCAUGGUCGCUCGUCGUCGUACAACAGGUCAACAUAAACAGAAGAAUUAUAAAGUACAUCUCUCUGAACAACUAAACGAGCAUAAACAUCUCCUGAUCAGUUGUGGUAUUUUAGUUCUCUUGGCACUACCUCGUAUACUUAUUUCAUUGUUAUCGGGUUGUGUUAAAUCAUCCUAUAAUCCCUGGUUGUAUUUGACCGGAUAUUUUAUUUCAUUCGUACCAUCGGUUAUUACCUUUUUCGUAUUUGUUCUACCCUCGAAGUUAUACAAACAACAGUUGAAAGAAUCGAUAACGAAAUAUCAACGAUGGAUUUGUGGAUGA